AACUGUAACUUUCAUGUUCAAUGUUUAUCAAUGUUUGUUUUGAUUUUCAAAUGUACGUUUAAUGAUAUAUAAAUUAAAAACUUUUAUCGCUAUAUCCCACACUGUUUACUUUCAGGUGCUAUAAAAUUACAGAGAAAAAUGGUCAAAUAGCCAGCAUAUGUCACGAAACUUACAUACCAAUUAAUUUGAGGUUUAAAAAAACUGUACCAAGUAAGCUUAUAUUUUAGUUAACAAUUAAGCUGAAUCAAAGAUUUCUUUUUUAUUAUUAAUUAUGCUAAUCGAAGGCACUUCUAAAAUGGAAACAGAACCAGUCCGAGAUGCGAAUAACGAUAUGGAUCAAAUGAAGGAAAGUAUACUCGAUUGUGUAGCAGAAAGCAGGGGCUUCUUUAAAAGUCAGCAAGUUGGAGAAAGAGAUUUAACUGUAUCCGAGAAAAGAGAGAUAGCUAGCAAUUUGCUUAGUAAGAAUGUACCUCUUUUUCUUCAAAGAUAUUGGAAAUAUAUAAAAGUAGAAGAUAUAGCUUAUUUUAGUGCACAUGAAAGUUAUGAAAUAAAAUUUUAUCUAACUGAAAUUCAAAAAUAUCAAGAUGCCCGUACUAGUACUACACAAAUUAAAAAUCGAAGAUAUGGAGCUUUGAAGAAGAUGGUGAAAGAAGGAUCUUAUUUCAGUGAUGCAGAAAUGAAAAGACGAAAUCCAUUUUUGUAUGAUAAAUUUAUUUUCCAGCAUCUUACUGAAAAGGAGAGAAUAGCUGCUUAUAGACAGGAAAAUAAUGAUGAAAAAUUUUCAUCAUUUUUAUUGGGUCAGAUGGAAAGAAAUGUUGAGAACCGUCUCUUUGAACAACAGAAAGGUGAAGACGAAGCUGUCAUUGAGGAAAAUGAUGAUGAUGAUGAAUCAGAAGAAUCUGAAUUAGAAGAUGAUGGACAACCGCCACAACCCAUUACCCCCCUUGAGAAAUCAAGGCUUCGAACUGAAUUUACAAAUAUCAUGUAUGAAAGUUUCCUUGCUGGUAAAGAUAAAGAAUUUGAUUACAGUUCUGUAGAUUACAAUGCAGAAUAUGAUCCACCAGAAAAAGACUUGGAUGCCGAAGAUAAAUAUUUUGACGAAGAGUCCCCAGAAGAAAUAUCAUCGAUGGACUAUAAUACAGAUGAUGAUUUAGAUAGAGAAGAUGAAUUAUAAGCAAAUAAUAUUCUUUUAAAAGUUGGAUUUGCAACUAUCUUUGUAUAUAAUAAUUUCAUAUAGUGUAAAUAAAAAAAUUGUUUUGUUUUGUA